GUGCCACUUACAUUCCCUAAUUAGAAGAAAAAUAAUAAUGAUUCUGGUGAUUUUUUUGAAAAUAUCACAAUUACUAAGUCUCUGUAAACAUUAAGAUAUGUUAAAUUAAACCACAUUUUCCAUAGCUUUCAAAAAUUCCAAAUGGAUCAGCAACCAGAAAUUAAAAAUGUACCUGAAAAUGAAAAAGAUUCACAAGCUCAUAUACAGGAAUUGCUAUCAGAAAAGAAAAAAAUUCAAGAAGAAUUUGAUAUACAAAGGGCGAAAUUUAAAGAUUUGUUUUUACUUAAAGAAGCUGAAUUAGAUAAAAAAGUAGAAGAAAAUGUACAAUUAACUGAAGAAUUGACAAGGUUAAAAAAUGAGUUAGAUGAUUGCAAAAGUCAACUAGUUGUAGAUAGCAUGACACUAGAAUCAACAUUUGAAGUAGAAAAGAGGAAAGCUGAAGAAGAAAUUGCUACAUUACAAAGAUUAGUUCAUGAAACUGUUGAAGAAUCCAGCUCAACAAGAACUUUAUAUGACACAGAACUUAAAAAAUUAGAACAUUAUAUACAGCAGCUGCAAAAAGAAAUUCAUGAUUUGAAGAGAGAGAAAAAUCAUUCUCCACAUCACAUAUCACAGGAGCAUAGCAGUCUGGCACCUAGUCAAGUUUUUAAUGUUUUAACAAAAGGUUUGAAGAAGCUGGGAGCAGAUUCGUUUUCAUCUCAAGAAAGUGUGGAGGAUUCUUUUAAAAAGACUGAAGAGGAUGCAGAGGUCUUAAGAUCGUUAGUCGAACCGUUGAACGACCAAAUAAAGGCCCUGAAAGAGAAGCUGAGAGCUACAGAUGAACAGUUACAAAAAUGUAGAGAAUGUGGUCAUAGACAAGAUGAGUUAAAUACCAGCGAACAAUCCCCUCACCAUACCAACUUAAACGCCACCACAGCGACGAAUACAUCGUUCGAGUCCCACAGGCUGUUCAUUUGCGACAUGUGCAGCAAUUACGAGGCUGAGUUGGUGAGGGAACAGAAGAUUUCCAAAGAACUGGAGACCAAAGUAACGGCGGCUGAAAAAGCAGCGGAGCGGCAUAAGGAAGAACUCCUCAAAGAGAUUGGAUUUAGGAAAGAUAUGGAGGAAAAGUGGAAUGAGAAAAAGGAGGAGCAUAAGAGACAGGUAGCAGAACUAACUCGGACAACGGAAUGCACAGAACAAGAUCUGAAAGAGUUGCGGCAGUUUUUCAACCAGACAUGUUCGGAGAUGAAAAUGAGUAUAGGAAAAUUAACGCACGAAAGGGAAACUGUCCAUCAAGAACUAAUAAGAUUGCAAGAGGAAAAUGAUAUGUUAAUAGGAAAAUAUACAGCACAUUCCCAAGAACUGCAAAGUGAAAUAAUUGACCUGCCAAAUACAGUUGAGGAACUCCAAGAAAUAAUUCUAAAGAAUCAACAAGACUUGAUCAUCACCAAAAUGGGUAAAGAGGCCCAAGAGAAAAAAGUCAAUACUCUUCAGUCUGAGAUUAUGUUACUAAAAGAUAGAAUAACGAACGACCAACAUGAAAGGAAAGGAAUAGAAGAUAGUUUGGAAUUAGAAUUGAGAACUUUAAGGAAACAGGUGGAUCAGCUCCAAAGAGAGAAGAAACAGAUAUCAACACAUCAAGAAAAAUUAGCCAAUUCCGAUAGUGUUAAUCAAGAAAAAAUUAAAGAACAGAGUAAUAAAAUAGAAGAACUUACAGAAUCAAUAAAAACCCUGGAAAAACAAAAUAGUGAAUUAAAAUCCAGAGUAUUUUCUUUGCAACAAGAAUUAGAUAACACCGAAACUGUUCAACAAGAUUUUGUUAGAUUAUCUCAAAACCUACAGGUCCAGUUAGAAAAAAUUCGAGAAUCAGACACGGAAGUGCGAUGGCAGCAUGACGAAGACGUAGACGAAUGUCCGAACUGCCGCCAGGGUUUUUCCUCGUCGAGGCGCAAACAACACUGUCGACACUGUGGUCAAAUAUUCUGCCAGAACUGUCUGGCGCGAACGGUGCUCUCCGGUCCGAACAGUCGCCCUUCUAAGGUAUGCGACGUCUGUCACACUUUGCUGGACAAAUCGUCGGCGCCGUAUUUUAGCAAAGCUGUGCCAAUGACCUGAGGGCGGUCGUUGUCGUUUCGGAAUUGUAGAUGUGAUGUUAAUGUCUUUAAAGUCUAAGCGUGUAUAGAUUUAUUAAUUGUAUCUAUUUAAAAUUGAAGCAUUAAAGUUUUAAAUUACCGAUA